GGGGAGGGUGCGCAGAGAGGGAGGGGAACAAAGCCCCAGAGCCCCUUCUCCCAGAAUCCUGCCCCUGCGUGCUCCCCACCCACCACCACCACCACUAACCCAGUGCUAGCGAAGGGCACAGGGCACGGAUCUGGGAGGGAGGCCGCACUCCAGACGGGGCGACCUCCCCUCUGCGGCCGCCAGACAGAACGCGGCAUGAGGUGUCUUCUGGACGGAGGCCCCAGCCACAGCCCUGCCUGGAAGAGGCUGCUUCUAACAGGUAUCCUGAUCGCAUCCUGCACCUGCUCUGUCUCCUUGGAGCCGCCCUCCUCUGCGUCUCCAGAGCCCUUGACCGCAGGAGCCCGUGCCCCCCUGCCCGUCCCCGCAAGCCUCAAUGGAGCUCUCUCCACUUCUUGGUUCCGAGAGCACAAGACCCGGCCGGAAACCACGCUCUUCCCCCGCGAGGGCCUCCCGGGGCCAGGCCACACCAGCGGCCAGGAGACGCGGGACACCCAAGGCGACCUGAUCAUCAGACACGUGACAGCUGAGGACACAGUGCUGGAAGCUGGCAGAGGACGCAGGCGUGCGACAGAGCAGCUUCUAGGCAAGGCCAGCUCCAGAGGGGUGAUGCUGUUGACCUUCCCCAGUGCCGUCCAGGGCGUUAUCCAGAGUGACCUCAACUACUCAGUGAUCCUGGAGUGUUUGGCCUCUCACAUCACCCCCACACCCGUGCUGCACUGGACCCUCGACGGGGAGCCCUACGACACUGGGAAUAUGCUGAUCAUCCGGAGGCUGUCCUGGGGGCAUCUGGGCACCUAUGUGUGCACAGCCAAGAACAGCCAGGGAGAGUAUCCCUCCAAUCCUGUGACGAUCUCGCUGCCACAAGACAACGUGGAACCCACAGAGGCUGAGCCCAUCGAGCCAGACCCCGUUCUGUCCGUGUCAGGGGGAGCUGCCGUCGCCCUCCUGGUGGCUGCAAAUGUGGGGGCCAUGAUGCUGAUAGGAGGUGUGGGCUUCACCAUCGUCCAGAGCCUAAGGAUUCACUGGCGAAGACUGCGGAUGUGCUGCUAAAGUGGGCACCUGUCUGUCAGCCUAAGAGGUGAUGCCAGGAAGGCGGCAAGAGCAUCCCGGGGUUGGGGAAAAGAGGAAGUUACCGGGGGCUCCAGUCGAGACCCCCUCCCUCCUGACCAUUUGCCCGUGGGAUGUUCUCGUCUCGUUGAGAGUCCCGGGGACCGCUUUUCUCCCCUCUCUCCAAUUACCAGCCUCCCAUCUGCCCAGCUCACCAACCCCCGGGAAGCCACCUACACAAGUAGCCUGUAUUUCCUAAAAUUCGUGGGCUGUCAGCGAAAGAUCCUCACUUAAGUGGCUCAAUAAAAACAAAAGGACGAGGGG